GUUGCGCUCACGGCCACUUGUUUAUUAAAAGCUCUGGUUCAAAAUAGGUUUUUGCUUUUAAACUGCUAACUCGAUAGUUGAGUUCGAUCAGAGAAUAUUGAGCCUUGCAUUGCCUGCCACCUAAUAAAAGAAGAGGUUUUAGAGUAUCAUUUCGGUCAUCGAUAUUUUUACGAAUAUUGCGGCCUAUUGCUCGUAGACCGCUGUUAGCUCACCUACGAUUAAUGACAAUAUUUGAACUCGCAGUUCUUGAAAUGUUUCCCUAUCAUAUAUGACAUUAACCAAGUAAAUACCGGCUUCGAUCCGAGAAAGAGCUCACCUUAUGUAUGCUUCAUCGCGUCUAUAAUUCAACCGAAAUCAAAAAGAGAGACUUAACAACAUUGUACUUGCACAAACGUUUUUUUUUUAAAUAGACCGGUAAAAUAAAAGGUAAAAUAAAGGUCCCAUUUCGGUCGAUUUUGAAAUUAACGAGAAAAUUAUUCAUGAUAAAGCGCAUUAAUGAUACACUGUCCUUUCAUAGUAUAUUAUAUUAUAUUGAUUUCACAGUUAUUUUUGUCAUACAUUUUUACUUUCAUCUUUGCACCCCAAAGUUCCUCAUAACGGUUUGCUUAAGGGGCUUCUAACCCAGAAAAAUAAACAAGCCAGUCGACAUAGCUUUAUGUAGUCGAGAAAAUUAAGUCGAACCUUCUUAACACCAGACGGGUAUUUUACAUGGAAUAUUUCCCACAGCUUUACAGAUCUUUUUGCUCCUUUGUUCUCAGCGUAUUUAUCAUCAGCCUACAGAUUACCAACUGCGUCUACUUCUCUCCGACAUGAAAAUCAUCAGACAGAUGCACAUAUGUGAAGCAUUGUUCGGCUGAAAUGAGUUUAUGUAAGUUACCGUACAAUCUGUUUGAUAUACAUUCAUUAAUCGUAUCUUGCCGUAUAAACAUACUACGCUUAGUAUCCCAUCCAACAACAUCUAAUUAUAUUCAGGCCGGCUUCUCUAUAGCAGUUUGAACAUUUGUGCCAAAAACGAUGAAUUAAACAGAAUGUAAAUUGGUGUUAUUUGUCAUCGAAUUGAAACUGACAUACAGCUAAGCGAUUUCUUAUUGUUGCAUUCUAAUGCAUUAGUUUGGCUCUUUUUAUUUACCGAGAUUUAUUGUGUCUUGCGGGAGCCCUCAAAGCUCUACCCCGUGAUAUUCGAUGCCACUGCCCACUUCAGCAUGCAACUGAAUUUGUCUAAAGUCGAUUUCUCAUUAUCUCUCCUUAUCUCGUAGUUCGUUAUCUGUUUCUCUUAUGAGAAAUCGGUCGUUUUCCAACAAUUCUACACUUAAGAACGACAUAGGGCCUAGUCCGGACAGCUAAUCACCUCACCAAAGCAGUUUGAAUUUUGCCGCGCAUCACGGUCACCGCUUCUCCAUCCAUCUCUUUCCUACACCCCGAACUGUCAGAGAGACGUGUUGUUGCUAAUCGGUCCGGCGGCUCUAUACAGCCGCAAGUUGCAGCUGAAAAGAGAAGUGAUUCGCAUAUCGAAGUUGUGCUGUAUCUGUAUUUAUCUGGCCGAUUUGUCUAUGCUGUUCUGUGCUGUGCCCUCGCUGCUGCUGCUGCUGCUGCUGGUUUUUGGGCCAGUCGUCGACCUGCGGUGCAUGAACUGCCUAUAAGCAGCCAGCUCAAAAGAACAAAACGCCUGCCUAACGUGUUUGUCUAUGUGUCUCUUCUAAUAGAAGCAGCAGCUGCAGCAGCUGUAUCGAACAGUGAGUAGUGGUGAGUGAGCUGUGGCACUAGUAGCUCUCGCAGAGCCUGCCUGCCUGCCUGCCCCGGCCAGCGAUUGCUGGCGGCUAGACGUCUGUGCAUCCGUCUGUCUGUCGGCCUGCCUGCCUGCCUGCCUGCUUGCCCUCCCGGGUAGCAGAACUCUCGACUGUGGUCGUCGUACUAAUGUAGGUCCUGUGUUCAUUGUAUACCCCUGUUGGAUUGUACAAGGAAUAGCGUGACUUGACUGACUGCUCUUUUCGUUGCGUUCGCGACUAGUGGCGAUUGCUCAGUUCAGUGGUACCGACGGUGGACCAUCAGACCAAUGGUUGUCCGUUGAUCGUGUUACCGGCACGAUUAUUUCUUUACUAAACUUUGGUUGUCUCUCUGGUCGCCAUCCGUUGGCCUGUUUGUCACUGUUAGCAAUACAAUCAGCAGCAGCAGCAGCUGAAACGGGAUUUUGCUGUUACUGCUGCUACUUGGACGUGAACUCCAUGGCUAUGACAUUUUGAACGAUGUUGUCUUUUGCUAAUUGCCAGUCUUUUCGUUGCUAAUCGAGUUCGUAGCUUACAAUUCAACGUGUCGUAAUAGUAAAAAUAAUAGAAAUAUAACGAAGGAAUCUAUAUGGGUGACGUAAAUUUACUGUGACUGCCGCCGAUGGUCUGGAUAACAGCAACGACGGAACCAACGGCAACAACUUAAGUACCGACGGUCAUCGUGUCGCCGCUCACUGAAGCGGUAGAAAGUGGACAUGUCGCACUGAUUAAGUUGCUGGCGGUGAAGGCCAUAUUUGGUUAACAACAAGUUCAACAAACAGGUCGAUAAAAUCAAAAGGUCAACGAGAGCUAAAGCAGGUCUAACAGUUUAUGAGUGUUCUUGAGAAUAUUGUGUGUGCAUGUGCUCGUGUGUAAGCCGGCGUGCGAAAAAGUGUGCAUUUCUGUCCCGUAUCUACUAUCUGUUUCGUGGAAAUAAUCCCCGAGAGACAGUCGACUUAAUGUGCGCCCCACCGCUGCUUUCCUGAGGCAAGUGAGCGGUCCAGGUGGCGGGACCGCCGCUGGAAGUGGCGCGUCCUUAGGUGCUGGAGGAAGUAUCGCGGGAGGUGGUGCAGGUAGUGCCGCUGCCGAGAUGAGUGCGUCGGGCCUAGCAGGGGGCGCCGGUGGUCCCACGGGGCCUAGCUCCCUGUCGGCGAUGCAGGCCGAGGAGGCCGAACUUUUACAAGACACAAAAUACAAAAGCUACAUCGGUCAGGUCGACAAAGCGCUUAAGUGCUUCGAGACUACGUCUGAAUGGCAAGACCUCAUCUCCUCGUUAAGUAAACUCAACAAGCUAUUGCAGACGAACACGAAAUAUCCCGUCAUACCGAAGCGGAUCAUUAUUGGCAAACGAUUGGCACAGUGUAUGCAUCCUGUCCUGCCAUUUGGGGUGCAUCUCAAGGCUCUCGAGACGUACGACAUCAUCUUUCGCUGUAUUGGCCGUGAACGACUAGCACACGACCUCUUUAUUUAUUCCGCUGGUUUAUUCCCACUUCUCGGCCAUGCAGCAAUGAAUGUGAAGCCUCUUCUGCUCAAACUCUAUGAAGAUCACUUUAUACCAUUGGGAGAAAAACUACGGCCGGGAUUAAACGGUUUUUUAGUCGGAGUAUUACCGGGCAUGGAAGAAGGCGGAGAAUUCUUCGAUCGCGUUAACGUUCUUCUUGUCAAUGUUGCUAAAGGGGUGGGCAUGCAGUACUUCUACGGUUGCCUGUGGAAAUGCGUGCUCUGCAAUCCUGCCAUCCGUCUGCCUGCGGUGACCUUCGUUGUGUCGAAAUUCGACAGAAACUUGUCGAUGGAAGAACAGAUGGAAUUUCUCGGCACUGACCGAGAUUGUAUGGUGGAGGCGGUUUGCUCGUCACUGCAGGAUACAUCCAUUCUGGUGCAGCGUAACACCCUUGAUUUUAUUCUCGGUGGUUUCCCUCUCGAUAAAUGCGUUCUUGAGCAGAAGGAUCGCAUUCGGCUAUGCACGUCGUCGCUCGUCGUACUGCUUCGAAGAGAUAUGGGCCUUAAUCGGCGUCUGUAUCAGUGGAUAUUUGGGCUUCAAGCAAUGUCUACCCACACCGAUCUGAACGACAAUCAGAAGGCGACCAUGGACUACUUUAAACAACAUUCGGCGCCCAUCGUUCUUGAAGCACUAAGAAAUCUUUUUAGCUACUCACCAGCCGCGUUCUCGUUAGGCUUUCCGAUGACAUUUUCUGUUCUAUCGCCAUACCGCGUUUUAACGGCUCUUAUGGAUCGCAACGAAAUAAGUGCUUUUAUCCUUGACGAUAUCUUAAUCGAUGUGUUCCGUUCACUCUACCUUGAAUGUCAUACGGCGAGAAAGUUAAGAGAGGACCAUGACCUGCGCAAAUCAAAAGGCCACCACCGAAAAGUGGCUAAACACACGUCCGAGGUUGACAUCAUCAAGGCAGCCAAUCUUUUCUUCUGCAACCUCGAGCAAAAGUACCUCUGGGGCUACUUAGCAAAGGAAUUCAAAAUGGCGUGUGACCACUGUCAUAUGCCCGACCAAAAAAGCCCCGUAGGGGCUGUCGGCUCCGGACGACCACUUCUCCUCGAGGUGUGCCGUCUCCUUGAGUUUCUACUCGAGGUAGCUACCCUAGACUCUUAUAAGGAAGCUCCCUGCGAAUAUCUUCCUACAUUACUCCAUGACGUAAGUCAGGCACUAGUAGUUUCCUGUGAACGGUUAUCGAUGCCGCAGCUUCUCGCCGCACUUAAGCUAUGCUCGAGGAUAUUACAAAAGGUUCAACCGCCUGAUCUGAUUCUGGAAGAGGGUCUUGCGGAGUCGCCGCCCCAGUCUCCGACGCCAACUCCUCAAAAUCCCAAUCCGGUGACUGCGUCAGGCGUUGCUGGACACCGGCCGACGCAUUCACGCAAUGCGUCAAACUGUUCGAUCGAGACUAUCAAAUCAGCCAAAAGCCUUACCCAGGAAGAGAUCGAGCGUUCAACAACACUACCCUCGAUGAUCAGCAGCUGUAUCGAGACAUUCCAACAGUUAUUCUUAAAAUUUGUCGAGCUAAAAGUGCUCGCAAACCCUCAGGAGGUUGCCAAUCUUUUCCACGGAGCCCUUUGCCAACGGCAGCUCGACUCUAGGGACCGCGAAAUGGACCUAUCGAGGUUGCUCGAGAAGUGUCUACAGCAAGACGAGGUUUAUCAGAUUCCAGUGGGCAAUGUGGUGGGUUCGUCGGCUACGGAGUUUCCCGGCAUCGUCUUGAAACUUCGCCAACAAUGGGGCGAAGAGACUUUUGAAACCCUAUGUAGCCUAAUCGUUGAGCUAAGUAGCUUCCCUGUCAGCCUCGGAUCCAAUUCAAAACAAGUCCUGGAAUGCAAGGGUUCUAUCUGUGACGGCUUUCCCAAGUGGCUUUCGCAUAUGCUGAUGUUGUCUUGCUUCGCUGAAGACGCAGAUUGCCUCUUGUGGACUCUGUCGAUGAUACUGGAGCUUAUCAACCUGAGUCGGACGACUGUGCUCUCGUUAAUGAGUGAGGCUCGUGGGAAGGGAGUUCACUCCAUGGUGAUCUUGCCAAUGAUCCAUCCACUUGAGCUUAGAUUCAUCGUCGAAGAAACGCGGUUUAUGCAAGUGGCCACCAAUCGUCUCUGGGAGAUGCUACGCGAUGAAGACGCUCGUUAUCAUCUCCACGUGGCCGAGCUCUUGCAGAAACUUCACAAUCUGGCACCAAACGACGGCGUAUGCGAGAACGUUUUAUGCCGCGGCCUUUCUUCGGACUCGGCCGAAAAACAGAUCGAAGCCCAGAAGCGGUUUGCUGUUUUAUGGCACCUGCUCCGCGAUAUUAAACAGAAACCACAAGCAACACUACGCUAUUUCGACCGAUGCCUUUUCCAAAUGUUGGAUUGCCUUACUAAAGAUUCAGGACCACACAGAGCCAUUUCGCAGUUCUGGCUCGAGCAUUCGUUGUCUCGUGGCGACCUAAAUCGUAUCUUGGAGCCGGUUCUUAUCGUUUUGUUGCACCCCGACACGUCACGGGUUUCGAUCAAUCACGUGUCCGUCCGGAAACACCGAAUCACAGUCGACCAGAAAAGUCAGCAAGAACGUGAAGAGGAUGUUGACCGGAAGAUUUAUGCUAUCUCACAGGUUGCUGGAAAUAUCAUAUACCAUCAUAGCAUGAAUGAAGAGAAAGCAAAGGGUAAAAAUCGUGGCGUAAUUUCUCCAACAGACAGACCCAUGCUAGCUCUUACGUCUUUAGAUACACGAAGCAUCGCUUCGGGAAAACCGGUCGGCAAGUACGUGACUGGUAUGUCAGCUGUGCAAGAUCUAGAGUUCCCGUUAGGUUUGGAGAACCCCCAACAACCGAUGUCAGUGUUCGUCAAUCCGAUGGGAUCGUCGUUGUCGCUCAUGCACGAUUUCCUCGAUCCGGACUCGCUGAACUCGUCCACAUCGCUGAUGCCUGAUUUAUCUGUCGCCACACGUAUGGACCAUGGAUCGUUACGAAAAGCUUCCUACGACGAGAUACAAAGCAUAUCGAACGUUUCUACGGCUCGAAUAGAGGAUGCCCAGUCGGAAUGUUCACGCAAUCUAGAGACAGCAUCACUACCGGGAAAUAUUGGUACGAUCUCAAGUACCACUGGAGCAGGCACUGCGGAGGUGGUUAAUUCAAUCAUGGAUGAUCUGCUUGACGAAGCUGUAAAAAGUGGCACCGAUACUGUAAGUGUCGGCAGUGAGACGCCCAAUUUAAGACGGAUUUUCCGUGACGGUGCAACCUCUGAGGCGCAUACCCCAACUUCAGAUCAUGGGGUGACCCUUGAGUCAUUCAAGCAACCAAACGCUGACUCACCAGUGCACCCUCUUCAUCAACAUAUGCUGCUAUAUUCGCAAGUAUACGACGCAGAGAAGGCUUUAUAUGCGCUCCAGUCAAUUAAGAACAUUGUGGACGCAUCGCGAAGGGAGGCGUUAUGGCAGAUGGCUACCACGCACGUCUACCACGGUGGGACUUUAAAAAGGGAUCCACCUGUCGAUGUCCUACUCGCAAGACACCGAAAAGCAAUCGAUGGUGACAGUUUUCAGGGCGACAUGUCAAGUGAGCAGCUUAACUAUUUCCGCUCAUUCAAAUAUCUCGACGUGCUGGUUUAUCUGUGCCUGCAAUAUCUUCGCUCAUAUUAUCCGCACGUGCCUCAGCAAGGCCCGAUGACGGCACGGGAUGUCGUGGGUAAUUGCAACGUUCGCCUGCUAACGUGUGAUGUCCUGCAGGCGAUCUUCCAAAUGCUUGAGGAGCGAAUGCAUACUCGCAAAGAACUGCCAGGACUAGUUCUGGAGCUCCUCAACAGGUGUAAAGUUCAAAAGACCCUGCUGCAUUGUCUUGUGGCCUCGGUGUUCCAGCAAAGAACUGAAAAAGAAAAUGCGGACGUCUUUACCUUCCAUGUAAUCGACUUCAAUGAUAAAAAAACAGUGGAGUUUCAGUUUACGGAUACAUUCCAAGUGCAUUUGCUGAAACUGAUGUGCUCGCUGAUCCAGCUGGAAGACCGCGUGAUCAAGCCGCAAUCGGGCGGCGAAAUUUCAGACAAUAAAGCUGGCUCUUUCGGCAAAAUCAAGUUCAAGCCUCAAAUAAGCACGCUGAAAUACGUGAACAACGUUCCGAUUCCAUCGCAGACGAUGUUCACGACCGCGGCCCUGAUCGCUCUGAAACAACAACACAAGUUGCAUUUACAGUCACAUUGGAUGGAACUGACAAUGACGUCUCUUCCGUACUCGGUUCGGAACUCUUCGCAGAGCGUAUCCCGUUUCAUCAUUCAAAUUGCUAACGAACUCUGUCUCAACCUCGAGACCAUUGUUAGUUCGGUACAGGCAGCUGCGAGUAAGAUGGCGGCUCCCGCAGCGAACUGCCCGCCCGACUACAUAGUAACCUCAGUUGGCAAUCUACGCACGCUGCUUCAUUACUGUCUAUUGGACGAAACGUCACCGUCGAGUGCCAAACAGCAGCCUCUGGCUCAGAAUCCGACAGGAGCUCCGUUACUAUCGAGCCUUUUCCACGCUUUCGCAUCCGACACUCAGCAGAAGGACGGAGCGCAUAAAGACGCUGCUGCUAACCCGGUCAUGGUGACGAUACGUCGAACUUUGCUUCUCGAGCUGCAGCGCUAUUUAUCAUCACUCUUAACCGUUUGGCAGGCAAUGGCCCAAGCCGAACGGGCUGAACGCGGAAGUGGCGACCACCGACCCAAUCAGCUUCUCGUGGUGAUGGGAGCACCGCGGCUCGUUAAGCAACAGGUGAUUCAGUGCCUGCAGGCGAUAUCGGAGCACUACGGUGAUAGCUUCCUUGCUGCUGUUGGCGCUGUGUGGCACGAACGAGCCCGCAAAAGUGGUAAGCAUGGCAACGUGGUGCCGCCAAUCUGGACGACUGAGCAACUGUUGCUCGUUGAACUUGUUUAUCAGCUGUCGCAGCAGAAAAGCGAUCUGUAUUCGAGUACAGGGUCGAUUCCGCCUGUAGGACAGGACCCGAAAACGGUGUUCAGCCUGACGCGUAUUGUCUACUUCGUGAAAAAGAUUUUCAAGGAUCCGCCAAACUCGUUAGACAAAAAGAAACUCCAGAAUUUAGAAGUGUCCGUUCUGCAGUUUUUGUUGGCUUAUCUGCAGCAUUAUCCACAUCCAGAGAACUUGGGCUCGGCAUGCCAGUCACUUAUGGGAUUGUGGAAGGAAGGUCUUCAGCAUCUCAACAACGUCCCGCCCGUGCAAUUCCACUUGCUUGCAAUCUUGCACGAAUAUGUCCAAAAAGCACCACUCAUUGAAGACCGAAAGGACCAAAAAGACCUCCAGGAGAUCGCACAGAAGCUUAUUGAAAGCAUUUCCACAAUAGCUUCAGCUUCUCUUGAGCAGACUACGUGGCUUCGACGUACGCUGGCAGUGAAAUCAGGUGUCCAGCAGGAUAUCACCGAGCACGAGGACACCGAUCAGAUCGACGCUAUGAAGAUAAAGCAGCAAAGCGCUGAAACUUCCGCUAAUUUGAGCGCCUAUAGCGUACAAGCAUUGUUUGUGCUGGCUGAGUUCCUUGCGCCCGUUUUGGACAUCGUGUACGUUUCGGAAGACAAGGAUAAAGUUGUGCCACUUUUAACCAAUAUUAUGGUUUAUGUGACCCCUUUUUUGCGGAACCACUCGAAAAACAACGGACCAUCGUUCCGUGCCUGUUCGCAGCUACUAGCUUCGUUUUCAGGUUAUCAGUACACACGUAAGGCGUGGCGAAAGGAUGCCUUUGACCUGCUCUGUGAAUCAUCGUUCUUUCAGAUGGACCAUGCAUGCUUGCAUCAUUGGCGAAGCAUUAUCGAUCAUUUGAUGACACACGACAAGACAACCUACCGGGAUUUCAUGAGCCGCGUAACAUCAGUGCCUCAGUCAGGCAGUCUAAACAUCUUUGGUAGUAAUGAAAAAGAAUACGAACAACGAGCUCAACUUCUAAAGCGUCUAGCCUACGUAAUUUUCUGUUCGGAACCCGACCAGUAUCAGAAGUACAUGCCUGAAAUAUCUGAACGCCUGGCUGAGAAUCUGAAACUUUCCCAGGUACCAAUUAUUCAGUCAGCGGUGUUCCUCUGUUUCCGAGUGAUUCUGCUACGCAUGUCGCCAUCGCACGUCACAUCGAUGUGGCCUGGUAUAAUUACCGAACUCGUGCAUGCGUGUUUGAUGAUGGAGCAAGAGCUGUUGGAUUCGGAGGGUCAGAAAAUAGCGAAAGCAGUAGCAUCUUCACAUCUGCAGUCGCUUGAUUACAACCUUCAAGCGACGUCGGCCUCACACACUACGCCUGCAUAUUUGUCCCUAUUAACGCUAUACUUAUCAGCGUGUAAAUUACUGGACAUGGCAAUCGCUAUGCCAGCAGAUCUCUUACCGCAGUUCCAGGUCUAUCGGUGGGCGUUUAUCGGAGACGGUGCACCAUCAGUCGAUGGAAAUGAAGGGGAAGGAUUUGUACCGCACAUGAAACGUCUGGCGACUCUUCUAAACCAGAGAUUCCCAGGUAAUCGCACAAGGCUACACUACGUGCCUGGACGACCGUUGAUGGAUGCCACGUCGAUAAAGAGCCUUGCCGACCUUCAGCCAUUUUUCAACACGUUAAUUGAAAGCAACAAGCCUAAAGUGAUGCCCGGCGAAAGCCAUCCGCUGCUAGUUCAACAGCCUUCGCUGUCCCGCCGAUUAUCGCACGGGAUUCAACACCAGACGUCGAAGAAAGAAGCACCAAAGGAACAACUGGAACAAAAGACUGCGCUAGACUAUAUCGAAAACAUCAUAGAAUGCGAUUUUCUUGAGUUGCGAACCAGCUAAACAAUAACUAAUUUUUGUAU